AGAGAAAGAGGAACAGAACUCAUCGGCCAGAGAAGCAUCAGGUCUGAACUCGUCCUCGACUCGACUAAUCUGUGGACAUGUUCCGGUUCAGGAUGACUUCCUGUCUGUUGUCCCUCGUCCUCAUCAUGUCUCUGGUGUCCUCCAUCAUGGCUGCCUCAGAGCCUGCUGGCUGCAAAAUCCGCAUCACUGACAAAGGACUGGAGAUGCUGAAGUUUGAGACUCAGAAGUUUGUUGAAGAGGAGAUCAGUAACAUCAGUAUGCCGGAGAUGAAGGGCAAAGAGGGACGGUUCCAGUACACCAUCACCGAUGUGAAGAUCACGGAGCUGAAUCUGACUCAUGCUGAUCUACGAUUCAUCCCUGAAGUCGGUCUGAUGUUCGACGUUCAGAACUCGUCCAUCACGUUGAGUUUCCACCGACGGAUCCUCUACUGGUUCUUCUACGACACAGGAAACAUCAACGCUUCGGCCGAAGGAGUGAACAUCAACACGGCUCUGAACCUGAUCCGAGACGACGAAGGACGACUGAAGAUCAACAACAUCACCUGCGACGCCAGGAUCUCCAAGAUGAAAGCAAAGUUCAGCGGAACGCUCGGGAAAGUUUAUGACUUCCUGGCAAGUUUCCUGACGACAGGCAUGCGCUUCAUCCUCAAUCAAAAGAUCUGUCCUGCUCUGGACCACGCGGCCCUGGUUCACGUGAACUCGCUGCUGGAGACGAUCCCUGUGAAGACGGAGGUUGAUCGGUUUAUUGGAAUCGAUUAUUCUCUGAUCGAUGAUCCGCUGCUGACGUCCCGGAGCCUGGACAUGAACUUCAGGGGGAUGUUUUUCGAGCUGCGUGACCCCAACGACACUUUGGUGAACAAGGCUGUCGACCCGGUCAUCAGCGACUACGAGCGGAUGGUCUACCUCGCUCUCUCUGAGUUCUUCUUCGACAGCGGAAUGUUCGCCUACCACAAAGCAGAAAUCUUCCAGAUGCACAUAAUCAAUGAGAAGAUGCCUAAAGAUCUGGAGAUGUUGUUGAGAACCACUUACUUUGGAGUCAUCAUGAUGAAGAACCCGGCUCUGAUGGACGCUCCGAUGUCGCUUCAACUCGCCGUCAACUCGCCUCCAAAAACCACCAUUAAGACGUCGGGAGCAACGGUCGUCAUGACGGCUAACGUGAAGGUGAUGGUGCUGCCUCCAGGUCAGCCUCCGGUGCAGCUCAGCAGCCUGACCAUGGAAGCAAAGUUUAACGCCAAAGUUUCUGUAAAAGGAAAACGUCUGGCUGUUCACGCCGACCUCCGCAGGUUUAAAAUCUUCUCUAAUCAAUCAGCUCUGGAGUCUCUGGCUUUGAUUCCUCUGCAGGUUCCUCUCAAGACCAUGUUACAGAUGUCUGUGGUUCCUUUGAUCAACAACUGGACGAAGCGAGGCGUUCGGAUUCCUCUGGCUGAUGGGAUGGAUUUGAUAGAGGAGGUGGUUGAAUAUCACAAUGGUUUCAUUGUGAUCGGAGCGAAUCUUCACUUCAGCAAAGGCCUGAGAGAAAUGAUCUCAGGAAGUGAGACGGAAGCAGACGUCUAACACACACACACACGCACACACACACACACACACACACACACACAGCAUAUUAAUGUGUUUUCAACUUUCCACGGUGGUUUGUGAUGUAACCAUGGCAACCAAUAACCACUGGAGCAGGAUUUAUACUGUAGUUAAUGAUAUUGAGUUUUAUUGAGUGAACAGUUAAACCAGUUAACAAGUAAACGGGUUCGACCGACAGUCAAACUACUUCUUGAGUUUAACGUCAUCACACAACUUUGUUUUUUCAAGCAAACCUUUGUGAUCGUUACCUGUUAAUAUUCUGUAACCAUGGCAACACAACAUUUGUAUUAGAUGAUAACCUGGUGAGUUAAAUGGUGCAAAAGUUUUUUAUUUAAAUACUGAAAUGUCAUCAAAGUGUAAAAAUUAUCAAAUUGAUUAAAUGAUUAAAAUCCCA